CGAGAAGAGACCUCGGCCCGACCCGAUCUCAAACUGGUCUUUAUAAGGGUCGUUGCAAAGUUCGUUGCGGCAGCACAGUGCUUUUUGCUGUGAGAGUGUUCGGGCAUUGAAGGACGUAGUAUGGGGGAGAGGACGAUAGAGUUCUUCCGCGAGCAGUCAAUACUGCUCACUGGGGCAACCGGCACUGUGGGGCAGGUGCGCACAACACUGAAAAGGCGAACCCCUGCACUGCACACACACCAGUGCUGGCAGGCAGCUGUGCAUACCUGUCUGUCCUUUCGUUGUGUGUCGUAUUCAGGUAGUGCUGGAGCGUCUGCUCCGUUGCGCACCUCCCCGACGAGUGUAUCUGCUGACCCGCUCCCGCCCCAAAGCUUCAGGCGCUCAGCGCAUCCUGGACCUGCUGCAACAGCCGCUCUUCUCGGCCGUGCACAGGCUGUGGGAGGGAGAGGGGGAGGGGGAGAGAGAGGCACACACCGGCAGUAGUGGCCCCGCUGCAUCAGAGUGCACGAGCGGCAGUCGGCAUAGCAAUCGCUUCUGGCGCGGGAACAGGGGGAGUGGCGCCGAGGUGUGUGGUGUCAGUGGCUGUCGGCCUGCGCCUUUGUCGACCUGUCGUGGGUGCGCUCGUCGGACGCCCGAAGAUGAGAUACUGCAUAGAUUCGGCAUACAGGUCAUGGACGGAGAUCUGCAGAAGGUACUUUGUGUUUUGGUCUGUCGAUGAAUGCACAGCACACAAAGGACAGACACCUGGGUCAGUCGCCUCUGUGUGUGUGGUCUGUCAGGAUAACCUGGGUCUGUCUGAGAGUGACCUUGACACACUCAGGGCCAACGUCACGGGUAGGGUAGCAGCCAAGCCAAAAAGAAAGAAAGAGAGCUCUCCAUGGCUGUCUGUCUGCUGUCUGACUGUUUUCCGUGUUGGCGCGUUUCUGGUCGGUCCAUCGACCCACCCAUCCAUCGAUUUGUCAGUGGUAGUUAAUUGUGCUGCGAGCAUCAACUUCGACGACCCCUUCCCCCAGCUCUUCGAACAGAACGUCAGCGGAGCCUUGCGCGUCCUGCAGCUGGUGAGUCAGUCAACAAUCGCACUGUAUCUGAUCUGUAUGUCUAGAAGUGAAUCCGCUCGUUUGUUCGUUUGCCUGUGGGUGAAUACCUACGUGUCAGGCGAGGGCCUGCGAUGGCGUUCGGUCUUCAGGGUGUUUCGUCCAUGUGUCGACCGCGUACGCCAAUUCUAACAGAAGGUACACGCACACACACACACACACACACAAGCGCCUGGCUGGCUGGCUGGCCGGCCACGUGCCCCCUCGUGCAUUGCCUCCAUCAAUGUGUGUCGGCGGCUGACAUCAUUCAGGGGUGUGAUUGAGGAGAAGCUCUACGAGUCAGACAUCGACCAUGAGGUGGGGCCAGACACACACAAGAGAUUCGGCACGAAAGAGCAAUCAUGCCGCCUGUCCGUCUGUUCUGCUGUCUGUCACUGUGUGUGCAGCAUACGUUCAGCGAGCUGAAUCGCACGACCGGCGAGGAACACCAAAGGCUGGCAGAGCAACUCAGAGGUCAGUGCAUGGGAGAAUGGGGACACCACAACAAGCACGGCAGCCCACUGCCACUCUCUGUCUGUCUGUCUGUCUGUCUCAGUGCAUUACGGUCAUCCGAACAACUACACCUUCACCAAGUGGCUGGCCGAGCACCUGAUCGGCUCACGCCACGGCGACCUGCCCACGCUCAUCAUUCGGCCAUCCAUCAUCGGAUCCACUUACAGGACGCCAUUCAACGGAUGGUCAGUCAAGUCAGGGCACACACUCAUUGAGGAGUGAGUGGAGUGGAAAGGGAGACAGACCACAGCGGCCAUCGCUGUUCUGCUCUCUGCGUGGGUGUGUAUGCAGGACGUCAGCUCCGCAAGGUUUUGGCGCGUUGGUUGCCCUUGGAGCCUUCGGCGCAUUCCUCAGGCUCCCCAGCGACGGCAAGGCUAUCGGUAGGAAGGAGAUGACAGAGGCCGAUGCCGGCCGGGGUUUGUGUCCAUCUUGUGUGUGCGUACAGGCGACGUGAUUCCCGCUGAUUACGUGGCAUCGGCGUCACUCAGGGCCACCGUGCAGAUGGCAGGUAUGCUGCGCACGCAUGGAUGGAUGGGCACAGAUGGUGUGGGCAAUGUCAAUGGUUUUGAUCCGUCCGUCCGUCCGCCCUUGACCUCCAGGUCGUGUGGGUCGUUUGGAGGUGAUGCAUGUGGCGUCAUCGCAUGCCAACCCUGUCACAUGGUCAGUGGCCGUCAGGCACACCCUUGCACCUGUCUGUCUGUCUGUCUGUCUGCUUCGUGUGCCUGAAAAUGUGUGUGUGUGUGUGUGUGUGUGUGCAGGAGUGAGUUGAGCCGCCAGGCUGUCAAGGGUUUUGACAAGUUGCGCAUGUACCAAAUCCCACAGCAAUACAUGAUCAGUAAACGCAACACACACGCCACACGGACGGACAGAGAACAGGCAAGCAGCCAACAUUGCUCUCUCUGCCUAUGUGUCUGUCUAUUUAUUUGUCAGGCCCGCGUUGUGUCUACACCUGGUGCUCGUCCUCCUGGAGAUACGCUCUCAUGCACGUACGUCACGUCGGAUUGCACAAUCGGCCACGCGCCAACACAGCAGAGAUAUCCUAAGUGUGGGUGUCCUGCCUGUUUAUCAGGCGUUAGACGAUGCGGCCCUUGUGCUGGCUCAGCUGCUGGUGUCGCUGCUCGGUGUAGUCUUCCCGGCACUGGGCAAACAGGUGGGUGGGGCUCACCCUCCCUGCAUGGCACAUCCAUUUGUGUUGGUUGACGGGGCCGCGUGUGUGUGCAGCUGUCCAAGCCUGUCAGGUUUCUGUGCCGUCGACAGAAUGUGUUGAAGCUGCUGCACCAUUUCAUCUGCAACCAGUGGAUAUUCAAAACGGACAAGGCACGCCAGCAAACACGACGCACGGAUCAUGUAGAUGAGAGGGCGGCAAGGCAAGCAUUGUGUUGGUUGGUUCGUCCUUGCAGAUCCGAGAGCUUGCCCACCGCGAGCAUGAUCCCGAUUUCCCCCUAGAUGUGGAGAACAUCAAGUGGUACGCAGAGAACACAAACAUUCCGCUCGGAUGCACAAUAGAUAUCCUUUCUUGUUCCAGGGAGCCGUGGUGCAUCGACUAUGUCGAGGGCCUGUGUCGCUACUCCCUCAUACCCACACUGGAGCGCAUCACCAAACGCGAGAAGGAGCAGGCCACACACGCCCCAGACAAGCCCACCACCACCACCACCACCCAUCGAGACACAGACAGAGAUAGGGAUUCCCCGUCCAGCACGAGCACCAGCGCUACCACCACCAGCAGCACGUCCCUGGGCAUGUGCAAUCCCUGCUGCCAGAGCAGCAACCACCCGCCAGAGAGCCCUCCACCCUCCCCAUCGCCCGUGGUGGAGAGCGAUGAGUCAUCGGAGGGAAAGGGGAGGAGUGAUGGCGCGCCCCUGAUGUCCAGCAGGAAGAUCAGUGGGACUACCACAGAGGGGGACACGAUGGCGCUGCCGUCGGAUGUGAGCAAUGACAGCAUCGAGCGGGCGUGUUGCUAGUGGUGCUCGCGUGGAGGCCGCCGGCCUUGCUCGACAGCGUGUGAAGAGGAGGAUGGAGUGUGUAUGAGAGAUACAUGCGGAAAGGGCCGAGGGGCUGGUUUUGAUCCCGUUUUGAUCACGUACGUGCAUCUCCCUCUCUGUGUGUGUCCACCUGUGAUAAUUCGAACGGCAGAGAGACAGUUGUCUGUCUGCCUUCUGUCAUGUAUGUCGAUUCUGCCAUCUCUCUUGAGUACACACGUGGCUAUUUAAUUCUCUCUCCUCUCUGUAUACAGUACGGACUGGAGCACAUGUAUAUACCUGCAUGAAUUCUGUUAAUCACAGAUCCAUUGAGUGUUGGCCCCCUCUCUCUCUCCCUCCUCCUCUUCUUACUCACGAGUCUUACUUUCGUCUACGCGUCUCGUCUUUAGUUGUCUGACCGACUGGGCAAUUUUUGCGCCAAUCUUGGCUUUCUCCGAACCGUCGGCGAGUCGAGAACUGCAUGUAUAGCACACGAGGGUGGGUGGUUGGGUGUGCGUGAGUGGGACAAGCAUGAGUUGUGGCCACUGAAUCAAGCACGGAGUCACUGACAUGACCUAGAGAGCAGCAUACUGGGUUUGCGCCUGGGUUGUUGGCGGUUCCAGUGUCACCCUUGAUGCGUUGAUGGAUUGUGCAAGCAACCAAGCAUUAUGAGC